AUGAAGUCAUAUAGCUGGAUACUACCUCUGACAGCUUUCAUACAGGCGACGAACGCAUGGUCUCCAUCUGAUAGUUACGCUCCUACUGAGGUAUCAUGUGAGCGCAAUGGAACACUAACUAGAAACGCUACUGGGAUCUCCAAUGACGAACAGGCAUGGCUAGAGAAGAGGGAUGCAAUCACUGAAAAUGCAAUGAAGACAUUUUUAACCCGUGCCACUGCUAAUUUCUCAGACACCUCGUUCUUGGACUCUUUAUUUGAGAACUCAUCAUACGUACCAAGAGUCGGCAUUGCAGCUUCUGGUGGUGGUUACCGUGCUAUGCUGAGUGGUGCCGGUAUGCUUGCCGCAUUCGAUAACAGAACAAGAGGAGCUAAUGAGAAUGGUUUGGGUGGCCUGCUACAAGCUACGACUUACCUGUCCGGUCUUUCUGGGGGUAAUUGGUUGGUUGGCACAUUGGCUUGGAAUAAUUGGACUUCCAUUCAAGAUAUCAUUGAUGGAUUUGAUGACUCCAAUACCACUUCCAUAUGGGAUAUUUCCAAUUCUAUAAUAUCGCCCGGUGGUGAAAAUGAUACUUAUACUACUGAGAGAUUUGCAUUAAUUAAAGAACAAAUCAAUACUAAAUAUGAAGCGGGGUAUAAUAUCAGUUUAGUUGAUGUAUGGGGACGUGCCUUGUCAUAUUAUUUCUUCCCAGAUUUGAAAAACGCUGGCGAUGCUUUAACUUGGUCCAGUUUGAGAGAUUUCGAUGUAUUUCAAAGCGCAUCAAUGCCUUUACCUAUCGUAGUUGCUGAUAACAAGUAUCCUGAUGAUACUCAAAUCACUUUGAAUACAACCGUUUUUGAAUUUAACCCAUUCGAAAUGGGUUCAUGGGAUCCAUCCUUGCAUUCAUUCACAGAUGUCAAAUAUCUCGGAACUAACGUUUCCAAUGGUAUCCCAACUGACGAAGGUAAAUGUGUCGUAGGUUUCGAUAAUACAGGGUUUUUCCUGGGUGCCUCUUCCGAUAUAUUUUAUGGUGCAUUACUUGAAGGAUAUUCAACCUACAUAAAUGUUAUUGAGAAGGAAUUCCUAACUGCUAAUCAAUCUGUGAAUACCGAAUUUGCUAUCUUCUCUCCAAAUCCAUUCAAAGAUACUAAAUACUAUGAUAGUAGCGUAACAAGCAGCAAUUCCGACUCUGACUCUCUGCUCUUAGUAGACGGUGGUUCAGACGGUCAAGAUAUUCCGUUUAUUCCCCUACUUCAGGAAGAGCGUGCAGUUGAUGCCAUUUUUGCCUUUGACAAUGGUGAUGAUACUACAGAAAACUGGCCAAAUGGUACCGCUUUAAUCAACACUUACCAACGUCAAUUUAUGCCUCAAGGGAAGAACAUGGCAUUUCCAUAUAUCCCUGAUGCAACAACUUUCGUUGAACAAGGUCUCAAUCAGAAACCAACUUUUUUCGGCUGUGAUUCCAGUAAUUUGACUUCUCUAUCAUAUAUUCCUCCUCUGAUCGUUUACAUUCCAAAUGCAGAAUACUCUUAUGCUAGUAACACAAGUACCUUUACGUUGUCUUAUUCAUUGCAAGAACGUCUUGACAUGGUCCAGAACGGUUUUGAAGCUGCUACGAGGAAGAAUUUGACCGAGGAUUCCGACUUUUUGUCGUGUGUCAGUUGUGCAGUUAUAAGACGUAAACAAGAAAAGCUAAAUAUAACUUUGCCUUCUGAAUGUGAGAGGUGUUUUCAAAACUAUUGUUACGGAUAUAAAAGUGUAAAUGUGUCAGCCUCUUCUACAAAUACCUCAUCUCCAUCUACCCAGGGUUCGAAGACCAAUUAUACUGUUUCUUCUGCAAAAGCUGACGCGUCCUCGAGUGCUUUUAAUACUGUUUCAACUACAACCACUGCAUCUGCCAAGGCUAAUGCAGCUAUCUCUCUUUCCAGCAACGGUAUUUUGAGCUAUUUAUCAGCAUUACUCUGCAUUUUUGGAAUGUUUUGA